AUGAAUACAUGCUGGGAGUUAUUUGUCGCCGCCAGCCUUGCGGGCCUUGCUGCCGCCGCGCCGCAGCCCGUCACAUCCGAAAUAGCUUCAGCAGUCUCGUCUGCCACAGCCGCGGCAGCCUCGGCACUCCCAACCGUGCUGGGCGACUGGCCCAGCCUGAGCGACAUCGAGCACAAACUCGACAUUUCCUCCUCCGACGACCUCUCCAGCAUCUCCACCUCUGCGCUGCUCAUCCCCUCCUACGCCAACUACACCCCCAGCGGCUGGAACGUCCGCUUCUACGGGCUCGCCUACAAGCUGCCGAACGUCUCCACCGACUCGCUCGACUCCCUCAUCGACGGGCUCAAGACCGACAACCUCAACGACACGCAAAAGGCGCUCCUGCAGAACCGCACACAGGAUUUGGCGAGCAUCCCCGUGCCCCAUGCGAACCUCAGCGCGGUGGUCUACGCCAACGGCAGCGCCGUCACGAGCACGAGUGGGAUUGCGCUGCCGACGGCGGACGAUGUCGGCGAAUUCGAUUUCUUCGAGACGAUAUCGGGCCUGCACGACAACUACACGCAAACGACCGCCGUGCAGACGGGCAUCCUGGACGUCACCGGCCCCGGCAACGGCACGGCCAUCCUCGUCCCGCAGUCCGGCAUCUCCGUCGUCAGCGACAUCGACGACGUGCUCAGGAUCACCAAGGUGUUCGUCCCGAACGAGGGGCUGUACAACUCGUUCGUACAACCCUACGUCAAUGUCCCCGGGAUCGCGGAACUGUUCAGCCACUGGCUGCAGACCCUCCCGGGCGUCGCUUUCCACUACGACACCACCACCCCCGUCGAGCUCACGCGCACGUACGUCGAGUACCUCUUCAACAACUUCCCGCUCGGCUCGCUCGAGAUGCGCCCGAUAAAUUUGACGGAGCCCUCGCAGAUCCUCGACGCGCGCCAGAACUCGCUCGUCAGGCUCUUCGAGACGUUCCCCAACCGCAAAUUCGUCCUCGUCGGCGACACCUCCUCCUCGACCCUGCUCUCCGCCUACCCCCAGAUCGCCACCCUCUUCCCCUCCCAGCUCGCCUGCAUCUUCGUGCGCAACACGUCCGCGACCGACAGCGACGACCAGCUGCCCUACGACACGCGCGCGUUCCGGAACGUGAGCAGCGACAGGUACUUCUUCUACCGGGCGCCCGAGGGUGCCGGGCAGUGCGUCAACUCGUCCAUCCCACAGAACGUGACGUUCGGCGAGCAGGGCGGCGUGGUCGGGCAUAGCAGCGGCGCCGCCCCCGGGGCGCGGGUGUCGGUGCCUGGUGCUGCCGUGGCUGCGGUGCUCGCUGCAUUCAUCUUGCUGUGAAGUGGGGAUGGUGGGUGAUGGCGGAUGGGACUGUUAUGAAUACACGCAUGGAUGGACAAUGUAUGACGAUUAUGAUUGUGUACUAGGUGUUGCUUCGUGUUGAGUGUGGUGUCUUUGCAGUGUAGGAUUGGUGCUUGCUUGCUUGCUUUGUGUACCUGUAGUGGUAAUACCCUCGAGAGUCGAUGUUUCCUCUCGAUAGUCUCAGUUCAACUUCAAGUAGUCGGACAGCGUCUUUGCUAUUGCGCCCCCGCGAA